AGUCCGGUACCCUCAGACGACAAAGCGCUCACGGCUUUCGCUCAGCUCGGCGCACUUCGACUAGACGCACGUCGAUGUAUGCUAUCGUUCUUCGACCGCAAGAACUGCUACAUCAUGGCGGAAGCCACCCGAACUUUGUCACUGCAGACCGGCACCGCCCUAGACCCCCAAGAUAGCCUACAGUGGGGCCGAGCUGUAUUCACUAAGGGCAAUGGGCUCUGCGAUUAUACGGUCAAGAUGCCAAUGAUGCAAGAGGCUACAGAAUCCGGCAACGUUGACGUUACAUCUUUCAUCGUAAAUGACUUGACUUUGGAUGACCGCUUCAAGAACAAAUCUUAUGUCGUCAAUAAACCGCAUGUGCGAUUUUACGCCGGUGUCCCCAUCCGGAGCCCCAAUGGCUACGGCAUUGGUUCAUAUUGCAUCAUGGACGACAAGCCCCGGAACGGUCUUAGCAUUCUCGAAAUUUCCUUUAUGCACGACAUGGCAAUCACUACAAUGCGCCAUCUGGAGAUGAUUAAGAUAAAGGAGCAUCAUCGGAGAGGAGGUGUCAUGGUUAGAAGCUUGGGCUGCUUCGUGAAGGGAAACGACACUCUAGAAGACUGGUGGCUGGACCCUAGCUAUCCAUGGUCAGCGUCACCUAAAAAGAAGUCUCAACCUCGAGUAGUUCCUGGUUUACCAGUUGAAUCCAGUACGGAGUCCGAGUACAGCCCCGAUAUGCAAGCACCUUCCCUAGCUUCUACGAUGCAUUCGAGAGAUCCGUCCACCGCAGCCACAAGUGUUACGGAUUUACAAACAGACCACACCACAGAAACACGGCCACUAUUUCCAGUGGUUUCUGAGGAACAUAUUGCUGCACAAAGCUUACAAGAGCAGAUUCUUGCGCCUGAUGUAAAGUCCACGUUUGGCCGAGCUGCUCGUAUUGUACUGGAAGCAACUGAAGCUCAUGGGGCUGUCUUCUUCGACGCUAGCAUCGGAACUUUUGGCGGAUUAGUGGAAGAAACACUAAACCCCGAACCACUUACAGAGACGCAAGAUUGGCAGUACGAUGAAGACAAGCUUUGUGAAGUGCUCGGAUCUUCAGUCGUAGGGUCUGUUUAUCCUUAUUCGAUGAAGGAGAAGGUGCUCAAAAGCCUAUUGCGGCAUUAUCCACGUGGCCACAUAUUCAGUUUCGAUGAGCAUGGCCAAUCAUUCGAAGACGCGACGAGCGAUCAAAUGGCACCUCCGCGACUUCUCCCAGAUCAAACCUCGACCCUGAAGGGAUCUCAAUAUUCUUCGAGGAUGAUGAAUUACCAAAAUCACCUCACGAAGGAUGAGAAAACACUACACGACUUGUUUCCUGAGGCACGCAGUCUCGCUCUUUGCCCUAUGUGGGACUCGCACAGGUCGAGAUGGUUUGCCGGCGCUAUCAUCUGGAGCACCGAUCCCAUGCGCGUAUUCACCGUGGAGCAGGAACUUAGCUACCUCACAGCUUUCGGAAAUAGCGUGAUGGCCGAGGUCGCGAGAUUAGAUACCACCCAGGCGGAUCGAGCUAAAGCAGAUUUUAUCUCAUCCAUCAGUCAUGAGCUCAGAUCUCCUUUACAUGGAAUCCUCGGUGCGUGUGAACUAGUAGCUGAGACCUCGUUGGAUCCGUUUCAGGUCAGCAUGACUGAAUCUAUCGAGUCAUGCGCGCAGACUCUGCUCGAUACAAUUAAUCACGUUCUGGAUCAUGCAAAAAUAAACAAUCUCGGAAAUGCACAGUCGGCAAAUGAUAUCAUGAGUCUCAUCUCUGAUGUGGAUCUAAGCAAUGUGGCCGAAGAAGUUCUUGAGACAGUUUUUACUGGCUACAACUUUCAGAAGAGUGCAUCGGCCGCCUUCAUGCGUCCGGAAACUACUCCUAACGAGACCUUCAAGAUCCAGCACGCCAUUACGGAGUCCCCUGCCGGUUUACUGACAUCCUCGCAAGUUUCGACCAACCAAGAGGUAGCAGUGGUUGUUGACGUCAACAAAGCGGAUAAUUGGAUCUUCCAGACCCAAGCUGGAGCCUGGAGGAGAAUCCUUAUGAAUCUCUUUGGGAACGCUCUGAAAUACACCGAGAAAGGGUUCAUCAAGGUUAAGCUCCAGGUGAAGCCGACACCAUCCGAUAUCAUAGGAGAGGAGUCCGACCUCAGACUCAUCGUCGUAGACUCUGGGCGAGGGAUGUCUCCCGAAUACAUCCGUGAUCGACUGUUCCAUUCAUUCGCCCAGGAAAACCCGUUGAGUCAAGGGACUGGACUAGGCUUGAGUAUCGUGCGCAAUAUAAUCGAUUCGUUGGGAGGUAACAUCGACGUCCAGAGUGAGCUCGGAAAAGGUACCAAAAUAACCGUCAGCUGUCGGCUAAAGAACGUCGCAUCGUCUCCCGGCGCGCCACUUACGCCACCGGACACAAUGGUAUAUGAUGUCUUUGGCCGCUCAAAGGGCAUGACGGUCGCCAUUGUAGGCUUUGAUGAGAUGACAGGCCCUGAACCAGUUCAAUAUGCACCAGGCAAGCUCAAGACAGGGUCUGUUGGCACAAUAGUCAGGAAAGCCCUUGAGAGUAUCUGCGGAGAGUGGUUCGGAAUGGUCUUAGUGUCUUGGACUAGCUCAGAACACACCCACCCCGAUCUUUUCGUUGCUACUGAGCGUUGCGCGGCCGCUUUGAGAGCCCAAUUUGAGUCGAAAGCCGGCAUCCAGAGUGCUCAAGAGAUAACGAAGCCUCCUCCCGUCAUCGUACUCUGCAACGCGGCAUCGUCGAGUCAUUCGAGCAGCAACACAGUAGCACCAGCAAAGUACGAGCAGGUGUUCGAGCAUGUUACCCAACCUUGCGGACCCCGGAAAUUCGGAAGAGCAUUAUCUGCGUGCCUUAGUAGAGACAACCAUAAUUCCCAACACACAGUAGCUGGUGCCGAACCUGCACAAGGCCUUACCAGCGAAGCAAUAUCGAAGUUGCCAUCACCGUUUGGUGUGCUCAAUUUGGAUCCAUCGACGAAAGUCAAUACGUCGACUGACUCGACAGUGGGACAACACGACGUGGCUACUGACUCGAUUCAAAACCUUCAUGUCAAGAAUCAGCGCCCGCCAAACCCGCAAUCGCAAUCUUCUCCUAGCGUUCCGACAACAACAGCAAAGAUACCAACCCCACUGCCUCGCCACGUCCCACUCUUUGUCUUAGCAGUUGAUGAUAACCCCAUAAACCUCAAUCUCCUACGCAACUGGCUUUUGAGACUGAGUCAUUACCCCAUCACUGCCACCAAUGGCGCCGAGGCUGUGGAAAAGUACAAAGCUCGCUGCAACACUGCCACUUCUAGCGCCCCUACGUCAGCUACUUGUUUGCCGGUGACCGAGACGCCUCGGUUCGAUGCAGUCCUCAUGGAUAUAUCCAUGCCACAAAUGAACGGAAUGGAAGCGACCCGUCAGAUUCGAGCAUACGAACGGGAGUUGGGGCUAAAACCAGCGAAAGUCAUUGCUCUCACUGGACUCGCGAACGCGCAGGCUCAGCAGGAGGCAUUCUCAAGCGGCAUAGACACCUAUUUGGUCAAACCCCUCCGCGUGAGAGAGUUGGAGGGGGCGUUACGAGACGUGGCAAUGGGAGAUGAGGAAGGCUCGGAAGGAACUGUGGUCUGAGGAUUGGCUGGCUUCGGGGUGGGAUGGGUCUUUGCAUUUUGAAGGGCUUUCUUGCCCAAUUAGGCGUUGUAAGCGGGCAUAGGCGGGCAUUAAAAUGGGUAUUGGAGUAAAGGAGGAUGUCUAUUUCCCCGGCUGGGGAAUCGGAAACCCCCCCUGAUACCCUUAUUGCACGGUAGCGAGAAUCAGAGAUUCUCUCUGGUCUAACUUUAUGAAAGCUAUUCAAGACAGCUGCUGAAC